GUUCAACCCACGCGCUAUACCUUGCGUUUCCUCCGUCUUCCUCGGCUCCUAACCACCCAAAACUAUCCACUUAGCUGCCAGACCAUCAGUGACUUCCCGACCCCAUUCCCCUUCCACUUUCCUACUUUAAUUCCCAACCAGUCAAGCCUCCCCGCUUCAUCUUCAGGGUUCGCCUGCCACCAGUGCGAGACGCCUCCUCCCACACUCGCGAGUCCAGUCCAGAUCGGGCUCCGCUUCUUAUCCCUUCCGCCGUCACCGCUCGGCUCCUUGCGCUUGCUACACUGCUUGCGAUUCGAGAGGAAGACACGUGAAGAAUUGGGAAUCUAGAGGCUGUGAGGGAGUGAGAAGGCAACGGGGCAUGGUGGUGAUUGUGUCGAGAGGAGAUGAGAGGGGAGUGUGGUGCGUUCAUCUCCAGGUCAAAAGACGGCUUCUCCAGGGUGUGGUGGCGGUUGUGUUGGCGCGGGAGAGAGAGAGAAGCGUGUUGCGGCCAUUUUCAGGCUAUUGCUUCCAGUUUAUAAGUGAUUCUUCUUGCCGCUUCCAUGUGGUAUUUCUGAUCUGCGGAAAUCGUAACUCAUGCUGUUGUUCACGGACAUUAGAUUCCGAACGAGAACAAAGACCUGUCUGUCAAGCCCUGGAGCAAAGAACGAAAGUUAUUUCCAUUUCAUACUUGAUACUUGGGAAAGGGGAUAUGGAUGAUUUUAUCUGCCAAGUUACUUAACCAUUGAGGAAGGCAAUGCUAUCAUCCACUUGAUGCAACUUAUGUUCUUCCAUUCCCUCUGAAGGAUCACAUUCACAAAGAUCUUACUGUCGUGUAUUGCUGAAUAUGGAUGUCUCAUGAAAUUACUUCGUCAUAAAUCAGUUGGUUCCCUGGGUAAUAUUAUAUAUAAUCUGAUUGUUCGCCUACCGUCCAAAAUUUGAAUUAUAUAGCUAGGAGGAUCGACCUUACUGUACAAUUACAAUGAUGUACUAUUAUUCUAAAGUAUUGUUGCCAAAGUUGAAUGAUA